AUGGCUCCUUCAGCUAUUAUCAUUGGCGCUGGGCCGUCUGGCAUUGCCAUGGCCCACAAAAUGAAGCAUGAGCUUGGCUUCAACGACUUCAUCAUUUACGAAAAGAUGGACGGAGUCGGGGGCACUUGGAGGGCAAACAACUAUCCUGGCUGUGGCUGUGACGUGCACUCUCAUCUGUAUUCAUUCAGUUUCAAUCUCAACCCCAAUUGGUCGAAGCAACUCGCCGAACAAGGUGAAAUCCUUGAAUACAUUGAGGAUACAGUCGACAAGUUCCAGUUACGUCCCCAUAUCAACCUCUCAGUCGAAUGUCUAGGCGCCCAAUGGCACAAAGCAGAAGGCCAAUGGCAUGUGAAAUUGAGAGACCUCCAGACGGACAUCACCUUUGUCCGACAAGCUACCAUGUUCAUAUCGGCUGUUGGAGGAAUUUCCAUGCCAAGAGAUGUCCAUUUCAAUGGCAUGGAGUCAUUCCGCGGUCCAAUGUUCCACACUGCUCGAUGGAGACAUGAUGUCAGCUAUGAAGGCAAGAGAGUGGCUGUGAUCGGAAGUGGAUGCAGCGCCGUACAGGUAGUUCCCGCGGUCGCGGAGCAAGCUGCGUCUGUUACCCAGUACGCACGUAGCCCCCAGUGGUACCAUGCUCGUCCCAACCGCCGCUUCACUGGUUUCGAGAAGUUCUGCUUCCGGUAUCUCCCCGGUUUGAUGCGCCUGCAUCGUUGGAAUAUCUUUUGGGAUAUUGACAAGCAAUCCUACACUUAUAGAGGAACGAAGGCAGGUGUGGAGCAGAGAUUGAAAGAAGAAGAAACAGCUCGUCGAUACAUCUUUGAACAAGCUCCCAAGAAGUACCACGAUAUCCUGGUUCCUACGUUCGAGCUUGGUUGUAAGAGAAAGAUUGCGGACCCAGGUUACCUCGUAACCUUACAUCGAGACAACGUGGAACUCAUCCCUGAAGGCAUCCAAAAGAUCACAGAGGAUGGCAUCGUCAGCUCAUCCGGGCGCCACGAUCAGUACGACAUGAUCGUAAUGGCGACAGGUUUCAAGGUUACCGAGUUCCUCACUCCGAUGGAAAUCAUUGGUGCAGACGGUAAUACGCUUGACCAACAAUGGAAGGAAAGCCGUGGUGCCCAGGCCUACCUAGGCACAUUCGUGCACAAUUUCCCUAACUUGGCUAUCAUAUUUGGCCCCAACACUUUCCCUGCCAACAAUUCGGCCCUUUACGCAUGCGAAGUCCAAGUCAGCUAUGCUGCAGAAGCUCUUGUCAAGCCCCUCAUCGAUGGCCAAGCUUCUGUCAUUGAGGUAAAGGAAGCAGUCGAGAACUACACCACGAACCAGAUUCAUCAGAAGUUGAAGAGCAGCGUUUUUUCCGGAGAUUGUAGUAAUUGGUACAUUGGAGACUAUGGACGCAAUGUAGCUUCGUGGCCUGGUUUAGCGAUUGAGUUCUGGGUUGCGACUCUGUUCCCUGACAAGAAUGCCUUUGUCAAGUCCGGAGGGUCUCGACCUUGGCUAUCUAAGGGGCCGGUCAGGAAUGUCCGCCAGUACGGAGGGAUCGCUGUAAUUGUUGCAGCUGCAAGCACGCUGCCAGUUUAUUACUCGUGGAUGAAGCUUUAA